AUGGCUCAAAAACCAUUGGUUAAGGUGACUGUUAUGGAUAAAAACGACAACCCACCAACAUUUCGUGACAUGCCACAAAGCUACAUGGUGUCAGAAGAUUUGGGAACUGGCCAACUCGUUGCGACCAUCAAAGCCUUCGAUCCAGAUACGAUUGGGAAAUUGGAAUACUCUUUGAUAUCUGGUGAUGAUGGAAAGUUUCUUUUGGAAAAAUAUCAAGGAACAUUGAAGCUUCGCGACACUCUCGAUAGAGAAACCAAGGACUUGUACAAACUUUUAAUUCGAGUUACUGAUGGAGUUCAAUUCACUGAAACAACAAUUGCUAUUCAGGUCACUGAUACCAACGACAAUCCGCCAACAUUUUCAGAACCUGCAUAUUCAUUUGACAUUCCCGAAAACGCUCCACGUGGCUACCAAGUUGGACUCAUAUCUGCUAGUGAUCCCGAUCUUGGCGCCAACUCAAUGCUAACUUAUACAGUAAUUUCCGAUUGGGCGAACGAUGUUUUCUCGUUAAAUCCUCAAACUGGCGUGUUUACACUGACGGCGCGUUUGGAUUAUGAAGAGGUACAACAUUAUAUCUUAGUGGUGCAAGCGCAAGAUAACGGACAUCCAAGUCUGUCGAGCACACUGACAGUUUAUUGCAAUGUUAUCGAUCUUAACGAUAAUGCGCCUGUCUUUGAUCCCAUGAGCUACUCAAAUGAAGUUUACGAGAAUGUUCCGAUUGGCACGGAGGUUGUAACAGUUAGCGCUACCGAUACGGAUUCAGGUGAAAAUGGUCGUAUUGAGUAUAGCAUAACCGCAAAUGACGAUGAUGAUUUCGAGAUCGUACCAAAUGGAACAAUUUACACGAAGAGAAUGUUAGACCGAGAAACCAAAAGUACUUACAACUUGGUGGUCACCGCACGUGAUUGUGCAAAAGACAUUGAUAAACGUUUGUCAUCGACUGUACAGGUUACAAUCAUUCUUAAAGAUGUAAAUGAUGUGAAACCACAGUUCAUAACACCAAAUGAGACGAGUGUUAGUGAAAAUAUUCCCAUCAACACUGUCAUGAUGGCUAUCAAAGCCAUUGAUCGUGAUGAAGGUCGCAACGGGUAUAUUGAGUACAUGCUUGAGUCAAAUUCGUCUUCAGUACCGUUCACAUUGGGAUCAGUCGAUGGUUUGCUGCGGGUAUCUGGUCGAUUAGAUCGCGAAACAAAACCAAAUUACGAAUUGAUUGUAACAGCUCGUGAUCGUGGUGAACCACCAAAAUCAACGCAAACAAAAAUUAUUGUAAAAGUUCUCGAUGAGAACGAUAACAGCCCAGUUUUUGAUCCAAAACAUUACAGUGCGUCUGUUGCAGAAAAUGCUAGCAUUGGAGCGAGUGUUCUUCAGGUUUCCGCAACUGACAUCGAUGAAGGUGCCAAUGGUCGAGUUCGUUUCUCUAUUGCAAGUGGUGACAACAAUCGUGAUUUUAGUAUUAGCGAAGACUCUGGUGUUGUUCGCGUAGCAAAGAACCUUAAUUACGAGCGUAAAUCACGUUAUGUGUUAAUAGUUCGUGCUGAAGAUUGUGCAAGUGAUGUUGGAAGCGGCGAGACGCGCUUCGAUACUGCUGAACUGAUUAUUUCUAUUACUGACAUCAAUGAUAAUCAACCAACCUUCCUCGAUUCUCCUUAUCUUGCUUACGUUAUGGAAAACGUUAUUCCAAAUGGAGGCUACGUUAUCACUGUUAAAGCAUAUGAUGCAGAUACACCGCCAUUUAACAAUCAAGUCAGAUAUUUCCUUAAAGAAGGCGAUGCUGAUCUGUUCAGAAUUAACGCGUCAACUGGAGAAAUAUCACUGCUUCGAGCACUCGAUCGUGAACAACAAGCUGAAUAUACUUUGACAUUAGUCGCUAUGGACACGGGUGAGUCGAUGUUUAAUCCUCUUAGACAUUAA